CCGCGCCGGGCUGCAGGUCGAGCGCGUCCCCCCGCCGCUGGCGCCACCCCCCGCGCGACGUGCUGCACAUCGCCAUGGCCUCCGCCGGGUCCGCCGCCGCGCCGGCCCGCGCGCUCGCACUCCCGGCACUGAACCGCGUCGCGGCCGUCGUCUCGUCGCCGUCGUCGUCGCCGUCGUUGGACGCGAGCUAGUGUGCUGCUGCAUCCUCGCGCGCAAAACCGUUUGUGUCGACGACAUAGCAGGGUCGCCGGCCCGGCCGCGCCUGCCCCGCGCCGCGCGCACCACCACGACGACGGACGCCCUGUCCACCUUGUCCGGGGCCUCCGGGGCUCUGGAGGCAACAGGGGCCGGGGCCUGCCACCCGAGGAGCGCCAGGCGCAUGAGCCAGGGCCUGAGCCCGUCCCCACGGCGCAGCCCCUACUCGCUCGACGGGAUGGUGCAGUCCCCGGACGGGCUGGGCCGCCGGCCCGUGACGCGCAGCCAGGCGUCGCGCCGCCGGCCCACCGCCUCGUCGCCGGGCCCGCACGCCGGCCAGCACCGGGCGUCCUCGCAGCAGGACGUCGUCAAGGCCCUGGUGGACUCGCUGGACGACGCGACCCUGGCCGAGCUGCCGGGGCUGCCCGGGGCGCCGGCGGGCCGGCGCCGCUCGCAGCGCCGGGGCGUCGCCGGCGAGGACUGCAUCCUGGACGGCUCGGCGACGCUGGGGCACCCCUGGCGCGGCGGCGGCGGCGGCGGGGUCGCGGCCCGCGCCAAGCACCGCGUCGCGAGCGACGGCAACGUGAGCCUAGACGGCGACCACCUCUACUCGUCGAGGUUCAGCCACCGCACGUUCCCCAAGGAGAUGACGGACGUGGCCUGGUACCCUGGCGACGAGCUGGGCACCCUGUGGCACCAGCAGCCCGCGCACCCCGCCCACCCCGACCACUACUACCGCAGCAACCGCAGCGCCGGCGCCUCGCCGCACUACGGCCACCUGUACCACCCGCAGGACGACGGACACCCGCUGUCCUCGGCGGACAACCUCAUCAACGGCGUGCACGGCCUCAACGGCGGCGACCGGUGCUGGCUCAUCGGCUACCCGCGGCACUGCGCGUCCGAGGUGAACGUCGUGAGCUGGUCCGGCGACCGGCUGCCGCACCCGGCGCCCACCAAGCACCCGGCGUCCCCUGGGAACGGCGUGGCGGGCUGCUCGGGCCGGCCGCCGAGCUCGCCGUGGGAGAACCUCGAGGUGGCCGACGGCGACGACUCUGACGUGCACGACGACCUCCAGCCGCACCGCGGCAAGCGCGCCGGCCGGCCGACGUGCCCCUACCAGUGCCGCUGCCCCUGCGACCACCGCGAGCACCGGGACCAGCCCGCGGCCGCGCAGCCCCUGGGACAGCCCCUGGGGCAGCCGCUCGGGCCGCCCUCCUUCACGCACCUCAGCAGGACGGACGAGAUCACCUCCUUCCCGGCGGACCUGGGCAUCAAGAGCAGGCAGGAGGUGACGUUCUACCCGCGGCGCCGCGGCUCCAACUCCACGUCCUCCACCUCGGUGUUCUCGCUCACGUCCAAGCACCGCCUGUUCAUCAUGGUGCUGCUGCUGCUCGCGGCCGCGACGGGCAUCGGCGUGCCCAUCGCGAUGCGCAUCCAGGCCGGCGCCUCGCUGGAGGAGCGCCUCGAGAUGGCCGCCCGCCUGCUCCGGGAGACGCCGCUCAUCGACGGGCACAACGACCUGCCGUGGAACAUCCGGCAGUACCUGCACAACAAGAUCCACAACUUCCGGUUCAGCAGCGACCUGCGGCAGGUGGCGCCGUGGGGCACGUCCAGCUGGUCGCACACCGACCUGCCGCGGCUCAGGAAGGGCCACGUCGCCGCGCAGUUCUGGGCCGCGUACGUGCCGUGCCAGGCGCAGUUCCGCGACGCCGUGCAGCUCACCCUGGAGCAGGUGGACCUGAUCAAGAGACUGACGGAGCGGUACAACCCGCACCUCACCUGGUGCACCUCCACUGACCACAUCCGGGAGGCGCACUCGCUGUCCCAGGUGUGCUCGCUGGUGGGCGUGGAGGGAGGCCACUCGCUGGGGAACUCCCUGGCCGUGCUGCGGAUGCUGUACGACGUCGGCGUCCGCUACCUCACCCUCACGAGCACCUGCAACACACCCUGGGCCGACUCGGCGCAGGUGGAGGAGCCCGGCUUCAGCCCCGAGCACGGCGGACUCACCAACUUCGGCAGGACUGUGGUGAAGGAGAUGAACCGCCUGGGCAUGCUGGUGGACCUGUCGCACGUGUCGGUGGCCACGAUGCGCGACGCGCUCGAAGUGAGCCGGGCGCCCGUCUUCUUCAGCCACUCGUCCGCCCGGGCGCUGUGCAACUCGAGCCGGAACGUGCCCGACCACAUCCUGGCCACUCUGGCUAACAAUCGGGGAUUGGUCAUGGUCAACUUCUAUUCGCACUUCCUGUCCUGCAGUGAGUUCUCCACGGUAGAGGACGCCGUCGCCCACAUUAACCACAUCAGGGACGUUGCCGGCGUGGACCACGUCGGGCUCGGCGCCGGCUUCGACGGCAUCAACGCGACGCCGCAGGGCCUGGAGGACGUGUCCAGCUACCCGGUGCUGUUCGCCGAGCUGAUCCGCUCGGGCCGCUGGUCCGCCGAGGACCUCAAGAAGCUCGCCGGCCAGAACUUCCUGCGCGUGAUGCGGGAGGUGGAGAAGGUCCGCGACGCCAUGAGCGAGAACAACGUGGGCCCGUUCGAGGACACGAUCGCCACGAAGCACCUGCGCGGCCGCAACAACUGCACGUCCGUGCUGCACCUGCCGCGGCAGCAGCAGCAGCAGCAGCGCGGCCAGGGCGGCGGGGCCGGCGGCGGGCUGGUUCCAUGAUCAGAGUCGGUGCCGGUGACCGUGCGUCGCCGGCACGCCCCCAGCGAGCCCGCCACGCGCCAGUCGUGACCCCCGUCGUCGGCGGCGUCCUCGUCGGCGGCGUCCUCGUCGGCGGCGUCCUCGUCGGCGGCGUCCUCGUCGGCGGCGUCCUCGUCGGCGGCGUCCGCAGGGCCCUGAGGCAGGUCCAGCCCUGCCUGCGGCUUGCGGCGGGGCCGAGACCACACUAGGGAUUUUAAUUUUCCAGAAAAUUAUUUUGGGGAAAUUUUUCAAGAACAUCUUUUGUUUUCAAAAUUUUUGAACCAUUCCCUUAUAAUUUUUUAUUUUAUUUUAUUUUUUCUGGAAAUAUUACAACAUUUUAAAUUUUUCUCUGGAAAAGUUUCAUUUUUUUUCCGGAAAAUGUUCUGAUUUGGAAAUCCCUAGACCAUACCCCUCGCUCUGAGCGAGGCGUCGCGACCCCUCGCUGGUCGUCUCCCUAGCGCACCCCUCGCGCUUGGAUGGAGUAUCAUCGCCCCAAACUUACAGACUCGAUUCUUGAAGAAGAAGAAGAAAAGAAAGUCUCAUUUCGCAGAGAAGUAACUGGGUUCGUGGUUGGUCGAUCGCGGUGUGGGGGCUUAUGCGCCAAACAUAGACGAUCUGGAGUGUAUGAGUGUUUUACGGGGCUGGAGCCUUGCGUAGAGUAAGAUUCUGUAGUGGAGGCUGUGGAUCGUUACAUUUUUCGUGCUUCCUUGUGGAUAUUUACUAUUUUGUAUUGCCCCCGGCAGUUUAUGUACCAAUACCCUCUUAAAUAAGUGCGUUAUGCAUUUUCUUCUAAUAUGUGUACAUAGUAUUUAUUAAUUUCUUGUUCUACAAGAUAAUGUUGUAGAUUAUUGUGAUAUUGAUUUGUUGAUGAUUACUCUCAGUGUGGGCAUAGUAGACUCUUUCAUUAUCAAUUUCUUAACUUUUUGUCUGAUAAAGUCAAAAUAAUUCCCUAAUAUUAGCAGGCUGAUAUUGGGUCCUUUCCUGAAUCCAUAUGCUCAUUUCCCUUCCCCCUCAAACCACCUUUUGAAAACUUUCAGCCACAUAAUUUUUUAAUUUAAGUAAGAAGGAGCAGCAUGUUUGGACCAGUGUCUUUUCUUUCCAUUGUUACUCCUCUUGUCUUCUUUGUUAUUUAACAUAUGUAUUACUAGCCAGGAUUAUGGUGAAAUAUUGUGUACAUCUAGCAAUAAUAAUUCUAUUUACAGAAAAAUCGUUCCUGAUAUUUUAAAUCUAGGUAGUGGGCUAUAAUUUAACUAGACUGCUGUUGGAAAAUCUCAAUUGUACCUAACAGUUUGUGAUACUCUGUUUGUUUUUAACUUUAGUCUAUAAUAUGUUCAACUGUGCAAAAUGUAUAUAUGAGUUUAUAGUGAGUCUAGCCUAAGGUCCCACUUUUCGAAGCACGGGCAGCAUAGGAGAUCGCAGGCGAGAGGGGGAGAGGAAAAGUGUGACCUUAGGCUAGUCUGCCUAUAAUGAUAGAUUGUUGUAAAUGUAGUUAGGUAAAUAAAUUAAAGUUAACACAA